GGUUUGAUCUCUUCGACCAUUGUCAAUCCACUGUGUUAAUUAGUCGCCAUCCUUUCUCUCAUCUCUCUACCCAUCAUCUCCCAUCUAUUUCAAUUGCAUGGAAUCUGUUGUCUAUUGCAGAUCACUCGUUCUAAUUACGCCGGGUGAUCCUGUUGUUUUGGAAACUUGUUUUGUUGGAUGUGUCUCUUGUUUUGUCCGUGAGUUGUCUCUCCAUCUCCCGUUGCUGAGAGCGGACGGAGUUAUUAGCAUCUUCGUGUGUUCAGUACGUCGUCGAUAAGCAUGGCGGAAGGAGGGCAUUUUCCCUCGUUCGAAUGGCUUUGCUACACUUGUCGCCAGCCAGGGCACUUCGCAAGAAACUGCCCGUAUGCUCAACGCCAAGAUGGUUUGAUCUCGGGUACGCCGGUGGGAAGAUUUGGCCCUAGACCUUCGUCAUAUUCUUCACCUUUGGCAAUUUAUGCUCCCUCGGCUCCUCCCAUCAGCCAGGCUCCUGUAUUACAGCAGCUUGUUGCCGCUCCAUCUGCGUCUCCUCUCCCCCCCUCACUCUCUUCUGUUGUGGUUCCGUACCGGCCUCCGGUACCGAACUCCUCUUCCCUCCCCUCUGCUUCCCAAGCCGCCCCUUGGGUUCCAAGGCCUCGCUCCAAUGAUGGCGAAGUCGUAUCUCUCCUCAGGGAACUUGUCAAUGACAGGCGAGAAGAGAAGGAUCGCAGACGAGAAGCGGAAGAUCGUCUGCUCGGGGAGGAACAAUCUAGGCUCGCCAAAGAAGAAGAAAGAAGAAAGCAGGAGGAAGAAGAGGCAAGACAAGUUGAGAAGGAAGCGUGCAUGGCGAGGAUUAUCAAUGCGAAAAUGGAAGAACUUGACACGCAGCACCAGACGUGUACUGAAGAGGAGAACAGGAAGAUUUGGAAAGAAAUUGAGAAGGCGAUCGGGGAACCAAGGCGGGGGCGAAAUGGUAAGGAACCAGCCGUGGAAGACGGCGAUACUCGCAAACGGCCUCAAGGAGACAUGGGGGGUUCCCCUCCCAUCCUCCUGGCUCAAGGACGUCCUAGGUGUGACGACCCGCCCUUGGUGAUUCCUAAUCUCAGUCCUUUGGAUGCCGGACUCCUUCUGAUGGAGAUCGAUAAUGUGAAGCGAACUCAGGAUAAGCAGGUUAACUUGGUCAAGAGAUGCAUGGAGGUGUUAGAGAAGAUUGAGACGAAGUUUAGUACCAACCAUCCAUCUCAACAGCCUUCGGUCGCUGCUAAUGCGGCUAGGAGAGGGUCUGCUUCCGUCUCUCCGGCUAGACGAGAAGUGACGGAGGAACCUCUAGGGUUUGAUAGAAUCAAUCCAGGGAAGAAGGCUGCAGUCGCGUCCAGUGGGAAAGAGGGACGGAUCAAGUACAUUGAAGACCUUCGGAAGGAGUUGAUGUCCAAAUCCAAGUACCAACUCGAAUCGUUGUGUAAAGCAGAUAAGAUCAAGUACUAUAACAAGUUACAAGCAUCCACAGAUUUGGCGGAGAUGAGAGCCCGCGAUGCAUAUGGCGAGCUGCCGGAGGAGGAAGGUCUUGACAACAUCGCUAAUGAUAUUCACGAAGACAAUCCCUCUUGAUGAUCUUCCCUUGCCGCCUGUGUCUGGGAUUAUGUUUAUCGCACGAUUCAGCUAUGAGCCG